AUAGUGUUCAGCAGCUCAGCUUAAUAGUUCAGAAUGGAGCAAGGGGCAGAAUCUGCAAGUCCAGGGAUCGACGCGGGCAAGGCGGAUGCCGUGUCACGGGUGAGGGGAUUGCUGUUCCGCCGGAUGCUGGUCGGUAUCAAAGACGGACGGUUCUUCCUGGGCAACUUCCACUGCUUGGACAAGCAAGGGAACAUCAUUCUCCAGGACACCGUGGAGUACCGCAGCACCAGGCGGUCCUCUCCUUCCCCGAUGGAACAGAGGUGCCUCGGUCUCAUCCUCAUACCCGCGUCCUGUCGGACUUCGUGUCAUGUCGAUACUUCCAUCGAGGAAAGGCUGUCACUCUUAUCGCUUCAAGAUCAUCAUGAUCAAACUUCUUAAGUAGCUAUUGGUCUCAUUGGUCUUCUGCCAUGUAAAUGACUCAUAUGAGGAUGAAUGGAGCCUUAAUCGGUUGUCAUCCCAUCGAGCUCACUUGUAUUGCAGCUUCAUUUGAUGAAUUUUAUGCGAUAAUACAAAGUGAAAUGCCAUAACGGAAA